UGGAGCCGGCUUCUGAGAGCAGUAGGAUUAUGUAUCCAAAUGCUGAAUUUAUAUUUCCCACUAGGAAAAGACUGAAACUCAGAUGCGUCAGAAACUUGCUGUGUGUUUACCACGGGUUCUGCCAACCAACUCGAGAGGGAACUUACCUAGUCUUUCAUUAGUUGAGCAUAACAUUAUCUUGAACUAAUUAUUUCUCUCCACAUGGCCUUCCUACUAGUGUCGUCUUAUCUUCUGCUGACUCAUGCUCAGGGUGCUCCUGUUGAGAAUGGGGCACUGUUAGAAACACUGAAGUCACAAGUAGGAUUAUUCAGCAAUAAAAGUGAACACUAUUCAGCACAGGUGAGACCUCCUGGCACAAGUCGACAAAUACCUCAGACAAUCAUCAUAGGAGUUCGUAAAGGAGGGACAAGGGCUUUGCUGGAAAUGUUGGAUAUUCAUCCUAAUAUUGUGGUAGCAGCUACAGAAGUCCACUUCUUUGACUGGGAUGAAAAUUAUGUGAAAGGAAUAGACUGGUAUAGAAGUCUGAUGCCAUUUUCUUAUGGAAAUCAAAUUACAAUUGAGAAAACACCAGGCUAUUUUACAUCACCACAGGCUCCAGAAAGAAUUCAUGACAUGAAUAGCUCCAUUAAACUGCUGCUCAUUCUAAGAGAUCCCACUGAGAGAGUUAUAUCUGACUAUACCCAAGUAUAUUACAACAGAGUAGAAAGCCACAAGCCUGUUCAGCUUUUUGAAGAUAUUGUGAUUAAGAACGGAGCACUUAAUACCAAAUACAAAGCUAUUCAGAGAAGUCUAUAUGAUGUUCAUAUGGAAAAGUGGCUUAAGCAUUUCAGUUUGGAUCAGAUUCACAUAGUGGAUGGCAAUACUUUAAUCAAGGAUCCUCUUCCUGAAUUACAAAAGGUUGAAAGAUUUCUAAAUCUUCCUUCCCGAAUUAUGUCUUCUAAUUUUUAUUUUAACCAAACCAAGGGAUUCUACUGCAUUAGAAGUGAUGGAAGGGAGAGAUGUUUACAUGAAUCCAAAGGCCGCCCUCAUCCUCUUGUUAACAACACUGUUUUAGAGCAACUGUAUUCUUACUUCAGAGAGCACAAUGCAAAAUUUUACAGAAUGGUUAAUCAUUCCUUUGACUGGCAUUAA